GCAGUCACCUGAUACUCCCUACUGUCAGAGCAAAAAUGUCUGCGCACUUAUCCUAUGGAAGAGUAAAUUUAAACAUUUUGAGGGAAGCAGCGCGGAAGGAACUCCGUGAGUUUUUGGACAAAUGUGCAGGAAGCAAGGCUAUUGUGUGGGAUGAAUACCUGACUGGACCCUUUGGAUUGAUAGCACAAUAUUCCUUGCUGAAGGAACAUGAGGUGGAGAAGAUGUUCACCCUCAAAGGGGGGCGUCUUCCUGCUGCUGACGUGAAAAAUAUAAUCUUCUUUGUCCGUCCCAGACUGGAACUGAUGGAUAUUAUAGCUGAGAAUGUCAUCAGUGAGGAUAAGAUGCAUUCCCCACGUGACUUCCACAUCCUGUUUGUGCCCCGGCGGAGCAUGCUCUGUGAGCAGCGGCUGAAGGAGCAGGGGGUCUUGGGCUCGUUCAUCAACAUAGACGAGUACAUCCUAGACCUCAUCCCUUAUGAUGGAGACUUGCUCUCCAUGGAGUCUGAGGGGGCCUUCAGGGAAUGCUAUCUAGAAAGUGACCAGACAAGUCUGUACCACACCGCCAAGGGCCUUAUGACUCUUCAGGCUCUGUAUGGGACCAUCCCCCAGAUAUUUGGGAAAGGGGAGUGUGCACGGCAUGUAGCUAAUAUGAUGCUUAGGAUGAAGAGGGAGUUUGCUGGCAGUCAGACUCAGAUCCUGCCUGUGUUCGACUCACUGCUGCUGCUGGACCGCAACAUAGACCUGCUUACUCCUCUGGCCACACAGCUCACCUAUGAGGGCCUCAUUGACGAAGUUUAUGGAAUCACCAACGGUUAUGUGAAGUUGCCUCCGGAGAAGUUUGCUGCCCAAAAGAAGCAGGGUGAGGUGGGUAAAGACCUGCCCACGGAGCCCAAGAAGAUGCAGCUCAACUCAGCGGAGGAGCUGUAUGCUGAGAUACGGGACAAAAACUUCAACGCCAUAGGGGCUGCACUGAGCAAGAAGGCCAAGAUCAUCUCUGCUGCCUUUGAGGAGCGACAUAAUGCCAAAACAGUUGGCGAGAUAAAGCAGUUUGUGUCCCAGCUGCCCCACAUGCAGGCAGCACGGAGCUCGCUGGCCAAUCACACCUCCAUAGCUGAACUCAUCAAGGACAUCACCACCUCAGAGGCCUUCUUUGAUAACCUGACAGUGGAGCAGGAGUUUAUGACUGGAGUUGACACAGACAAGGUUAACACAUAUAUUGAGGACUGUAUUGCCCAGAAGGAUCCUCUGAUCAAAAUCUUGCGGCUGGUCUGUAUGCAGUCAGUCUGCAACAAUGGCCUCAAGCAGAAGAUAUUGGACUACUACAAGAGAGAGAUCCUGCAGACCUAUGGAUACGAACACAUGCUUACCCUCAACAACCUGGAGAAGACAGGUCUUCUGAAGCCCCAGACAAGCACCAGGAAUAACUACCCCACCAUCAGGAAGACACUCAAACUUUGGAUGGAGGAUGCCAACGAACAGAACCCCAAUGACAUCUCCUAUGUGUACAGUGGUUAUGCUCCUCUCAGCAUCCGUCUGACCCAGGUGUUGGCCAGGCCCGGCUGGCGCAGCAUCGAGGAAGUUCUGAAGAUGCUCCCUGGUCCACACUUUGAGGAGAGACAACAGCUGCCUGCUGGUCUCCAUAAGAAACGCCAGCAGGGGGAGAACAGGACCACCCUGGUGUUCUUUCUGGGAGGGGUGACUUAUGCGGAAAUUGCUGCCCUGCGCUUCCUGUCUCAGAUGGAGGAUGGUGGCACAGAGUACAUCAUUGCCACUACCAAGCUCAUCAAUGGUACCAGCUGGAUCAAGUCUCUGAUGGACCGCCCGGAGGCCCCCUGAGCCUGCUGCCCGCCCCCUCGGGGAACAGAUGCACAGCUAGACACAUCAAACAGUCAGAACAAAAGACCUUGCCGCUUCUUUUUAAUGUCCAUAUUCCAGCGCCCUGCAGGUGUGUCUGAUUGAUCUCAGCAACUGUCAGUGUGAGGUGACCAGGAGUCAGCUCCUCGAUUCUCCCUGUCCUUUGCCUGCAACUCUAACAGCUUGCUAAAUGCACAUCUCCAUUGCCACCUGCUUUGGUCAUUGUAUGGAGCUGAGAAGAUAUCAUCUUACUUGUGGCAUGACGGAAGGUUUUAAGAUCAUUGUAAAAAAUAUAUAUAUACUGUAUUAACACAAAGGCUGAAAGGUAGAUGCUUGUAUUAUUAUUUUUGUGAUUUCAACCUAUAUUUUGUGUUAUACAGUAUAGGGUUUUUCUCUGCUUGCCUUUAUUUGUGGGAAAAGUAGUCCUGUAAAUAAAAUGUGUAAUUGACUGCUUUUAUAACCAGAGUCAAUGUCAGGUCUCUAAAAAACUGGCCAUUUAAAAAAAAAAAUCCUUACACUCUACAAUAUGGCUAAAUGUUUUUCUGGUUUAGAAAACGAAACUAAAAAGUCUGAUGUAAAGUUGUACUGUACCUCCAUUACACUAUCCCUUUUCCCCCUUCUUCCACCUUCAACAUAUAGGAUCUAAAAGCCUUGAUAACAGUGAAUUAGGCCACAUGUAUUGUUACUUAAUGAGUUGUUUAUCCUGUAGAAGAAAAUAAAGAUGGUACCAAAGGA